AUGGACCUUGGGAGCAGAGGAAGAAUCCACUGUAACAUGAGACUCACCUGCUCUCUGCUACUCAUGGCAGCAUUCUGCAUGACACCUUUCCUCUGCCAUAGUCAAAUUGAUCCACUAGCUCUUGGGCGGGCAGACCCCCAGUGUUGGGAAUCCUCCUCAGCUGUCUUACUGGAGAUGAGGAAGCCUCGCAUUUCUGACUCUGUCAGUGGCUUUUGGGACUUCAUGAUAUUUCUGAAAUCAUCAGAGAACUUGAAACAUGGGGCUUUGUUCUGGGACCUAGCUCAGCUCUUCUGGGAUAUCUAUGUGGACUGUGUGCUCUCCAGAACCCAUGGCCUAGGGAGAAGGCAGCUAGCAGAAGCUGAGCAGAAGAUUGGUACUCUACAUUCUCAGUUCGCAGGGCGAAAUCAAGGGAUAUUUUCUCGUAUUCAGAGGUCACCAGUUCUGAAGAAGAGAGACUCAUUUGAAGAUUUAAUAAGUAUCCACAUGCGUAAGAUUAGACCUACAUCACUUCAAAGAAUCACUGGAGAGUUAGGAAAAAAGAGGAAAUCAAACUUUUAGUUCAAGAUCUUGAUUUGUAGGUAUUUUUUAACUACGUCUCUUUAUUUUUUUCAUUCUAAUCCUCACUGAUGUCAAUUUACAUGGUAGAAGAAGGCCUGUAAGCAUGGGCACCAUAUCUCUGAUUAAUUUGGACUUACUUUUUUUUCUACUAAUUUCAUCUCCUUAAUAAACUGCAUGAUUUAUGAGCAGUUGCCUACUUUAACCCGUAUGUAUCUCAGGCUUUUUGUAAUAUAUGUGACCCAUUCACAGGUGGCACCAUUUUGCGUGCCAAAACAGGAAAUAACCGAUCCUUCAACAAAACACCGAGAAACAGAGACGGAAAUUGUCAAAAAACCUCCACUGGCUCCAAGACUGGAUUAGAGUCAAGAUGGUGAUUUUGAUUGUAUGUGUAGCUGUACACUUGUACAAAGCAAUCACUGCUCAAAGACAU